AUGGACGCGUCAACAGGACCAGGAGCCCCUUUAAAUCUUAAUUUAUCUGAGGAUGGACUAUAUGCUGCCCAUGUGAGUGGGAAGAGCCUAGUUGUUCACUCAAAUGUGGCUUCGGACCAUAAGGAUGUACAGAUCGCAAGGAUCAAAGAGAUUCCACUCAAAUCACUGAAACACUUCAAUGUGGAAGCCUUUCCUGGUACAUCAGAUGAUGAGACCGUCUCUCGGCGGCGACUGGUGUCCGCAAACGACAGCCGAAUUUCGGUCUGGCAGCUCACUCCACUUGAAAUACUCGCCGAGAUUGAAAGCAUUGAACCGGGGGCAUUAGCUGUCGACUUUGGUGCCGAUGAGAAUGAAAUUCUUGUGUUUCAUGCGUGGAACACUAAACUCAGCGUCCACUCAUUGAAGACCAGGCGCAGCUCAGUCAUUAAGGCACCCAAGUUUGCUCAUCAUUUCGGCCACGGGUACCGCACAAAGACCAGACACUUUGCCGUCAUAUUGAAACCGGAGACUUCAGAUCUACUGACCGUCCACGAACCACAGUCUUACGAGCUCGUCCACAAGACUGUGCUUCCAACAAUUGAUGCACAAGGAUUGAAGUGGAGCCCAGACGGGAAAUGGAUUUCCAUUUGGGACACUCCUACUGCAGGCACAAAAGUGCUGGUCUUCACAGCUGAUGGCCAACUGUUCAGGACGUAUUCUGGGCCCUCUGGGGUGGACGAUUCCUUCGAUCUUGGAGUGAAACAAAUUGAAUGGAGCCCUCCCCACCAGGGAAUCUGUGAAAUACUGGCCGUGGGGAAGGUCAACGGGAAUAUUGACCUGCUCCGAACUCGCACUUUCUCUUCCCCAGCAACACUCUCACAUGUCUUCUCCACAGACCAACAGUGUCCCAAUAUUUGGCGCGAGCGAUACACCAGUGCUGCAGGGGACGCCGAAUACGCCGAGACAUCCAGCUCUUCUGCCAUGAGCAUGAGCCCGGAGUCGGUAGGCCCACCGCGUGGUGUCUUGAUGAUGACCUUCAGCUCAGAUGGUCGCCUCCUUGCGACUGUUGACUCUGCACGUCAGAAUGUCGUUUGGAUUUGGUCACUGGAGGGCAUCCCAACACUCGCAUCAGUUCUAGUUCACGAGCAACCGGUUCGACAGAUUAUUUGGCAUCCUUCAACGCCACAACUCUUGAUUAACACUAUCACAAAUACACUGCCUGCCAUCCGAUGGUGGUCCCCGAAGGAUCAUCCAAUGAUUGUCCGGGUCCCUGUUCAAAGGAGCGAGAGCGGAAAAUAUGACGUGAGAUGGGUUGCAGGCUCAAAUACAGACGCGGCAUUCUGGUUUAACUCACCAGAACAGCAUGUUAUUGGGUACUUGUCUACCAGUGGCGAUGCUGUUGAGUUCAAGUUGUUGAACUCGGUGAGCAGCAAGACAAAUUGA